CCCGCAACUCGUCGACACCGGCCGACACGCAGCACACACGAAAGCCCCACACCCCCACUCGACACGCGCUACUCUCAGUCGCGCGCGCUACACUCCCGCUCCUUGAUCUGUUGUGCGCCCCGACAUUUACCCUCUUGAAAGUGGAUCAUUCAUCUCAUCUUACCAACUCCGGACCCAUAAUCAGCGUAUCCGACGCCAGCACAACCGGCGUCAAGCCUCAACGCCGUCUUCAGAACACUGCAUCCAGCAUCCACCUCUCCUCAUUGCAGCUCAUCUUUCGGCUGGACCCCUGACCGGAAAUAGUACGCAGGGGCCAGACCAAGCGCCGAGCUUUGGGACGAGGGCGGCGAUAACCACCCAUCAAGCCAUGAACCCACACUCCUUCUCUCGCAACUACUCGACCGGCCUUGCCGGUUACAACCGGCCAGCCAUUCCGAGCAUGGACAGCUACGGGUAUGGUAACAGUGGUCUCUCCACCAAAGACGAGUCCCAUGGCCGCGACCGUGAUAGCUCCCGAAAUGAGAGCUCGUCAAGAGCGGCCGUCCCGCAAGCUUUCCCUGCUUCAGGCGGUGGCCCCACAGGCAAACGCGGCAGUCGCGCAUGUGUCGCAUGCCGUAAAGGAAAGAACCGUUGUGAAUGGGACCCAUCGGGUUCGAAACAGACUUGUCGGCGAUGCCUACUAAACGGCAUCCCCUGCGUCUUUGAGAAGGCGUCUGACCGAAGGGAAGGCCGGGGCAGGAGUGACAACCCUUCGGGAAGUGGUUGGAAUGGUGAUGCUGAAGGUCGAGUUACCAACUUGGAGAAGAGUGUGCAAGAGCUGGCCAACGGCCAGAACCAGAUUCAGACUGCUCUUCAACAAAUCCUCUCCAUGCUCCCUCAGUCUGCACCAGCAGCGACACCGUCUUCCUUGCAGACUUUUGUGCCGCCCAGCGACGCCUCGUCCAUCACACCCAUUGCUCACAUCUUCAACUCGUCCACGACCCCACCCUCCGUCUUCUCCAAUGCAUCCCCUGCUGUGGCCCAGCAACACUCGGGCGUGAUGUUUGCGGGAUCAACCGGCGAGGCAGCACCUCGGUCCCCGCAAAACAUUGCCAGCGGUCGACGCACAGGCGAGGCAAUGCACACCGACGACGAAGCCCGGGUCUGGCCAAAGCUACCCGGAUUUGCGCCGCCAAAUCACCGCUUCGGCACGUACGGUAUCAUCCCACUGUCUUCUGCGCCACCAUCCCCAAACCACUCGCGUCGAUCCUCCCGUGCGUCCAGCGUCAACUCGAUGUCAUCGGAUGCCGCUGUUCCCUCCUCGUCAAUGGGUGCGCCGAUUCAGGCGCUUCAGACGCUUGCCAACGCCGCCGACCAAGCUGCUGCCCUUGCCAACGGUGGUGUGUCGAGUGAGAACCCGACAGACGAGCCGCCCUCAGACGCUUCAGCCUCUCAUCGAGCGUCCGACGAAGGCACCGGCGUAAGCAGCUUUGCAGACCGGCCACGGAGUCGUAAGCGCAAGCGAGUUACAAUCGGCGGAAGGACCAUUCACCUACGAGUAAAGAAGCAGACCAAGCCUGACCCGACGCCCCGAAACCCAUUCCCCGAUGUGGUAACAAAGGGGUUGGUAUCUGACAUCGAGGCUCGAGAGUUGUGGGACAUCUUCUUUUCCGGUUGCCACUACUUUGUUCCCCUGUGGGACAAGAAGUACGAUACGUACGAGACAUUCAUUGAGCGUACACCAUUCUCUACCAAUGGAUUGCUGGCGGUGGCCGCUAAGAUUCGUGCCGGGAACGGACCCCUUGGCCAAACGUUCCACAGAUGUCUUGAAGAGGCUCAAGGCAUUGCCCGAUCAACAUUGUUCGGUCCCAUUGUCCGAAAGGAGGCCGUACUUGCAAUGCUCAUUCUGAGUGUCUGGAGCCAAUACAGCUGGCUCCCCUGUGGACACGCCCUGAGGAUGGGGCUAGACAUGAACCUUCAUCGGGCACUCGACAAGCUGGUCGAUUCGGAUGAGCAACGUACAGAGAUUGAGGAACGUGACCUUGUCGUCUCUGCACGAAUCUGGCUCAACUGUUACCUCCACGAGCAGCUCUCUUCCCUCGGCACUGGCAAGCCAAUCCUUCUCCGUGACGAUUCUUCGGUCCGGGCCGCCCGUGUCCUUUUGUCCCACCCAAUGGUGUCAGAAACCGAUGCUAGCCUUGUUGCGCGUGUUGAGCUUGUUGGCCUUCGAGUCCGCAUUCUAGACCACUUGACGCCUCUCCACGGCAAGGUUGACUCGGAUACCAUCCUGUUCGUGCGAACCGUGUUUGGACAAAUGCAGGACUGGUAUCAAGAGUGGUACGACAUCCACAGAACUAGAUACGACGAGGAUAGCGUCCUUGUCCGCCUCUUGGAGGCUGACCUCGUCUACGCUCAACUGUGGACCGUGUGCGUUGCCCUGCGUGGUUGCCAGUGGGACAAGCUCUCCAACGAUCAGAGGGAGCUUGCUUUCGAGGCCAAGGACGCCGCCCUACGAUGUGUCCAAGUCUUCCUCCAUUCCAAAACCCUCCGCAGCCAUCUCAAAUAUGCAACGCACGACCAGCUGGCCACUGUGGCCUUUGCUGCCGUAUUCCUCUUGAAGAUUGCUAUGCUGUACCCCAGCGCAAUCUCCCUGCCGACUCUGAACAACCAGGUGUCCGAAAUCGCCCACGUCCUGUCUGCCGAGUGCUUCGCCGAGCGUUACGCCUUGACUCUCAAGUUGAUGCUAUCAAACUUUAGACGCAAAACAGGCGCCCUGUCAACCGUCCCUGGGACCCCUCGUGGUGGCCAUUACCUCUCUGACCAUUUGCCAACAAACCCGCCUACUGCCUCCGAAGCUGUCGGUGACCUUGCAGGCGGACUGCAGAGUCUUCUCAGCUUACCCGCGAUGGGUGAUGGGUUGGCAGACGGCAUGGCGGGAGAUGCAUGGCCGGUCUUCAGCGACACCACCGAAGGCUUUGCGUGGCCAAACGAAUUCAGUCCAAGCAAUCUCCCCACCUGGCUACAGGACAACAACUUUGCCGAUCUGGGUUUGCCAGUCGAUGGCUCGGAUUCUCUCUUCCUUCCUCUUGAGCUCGCAAACAUGUUCUUACCCUCGGGGACGACGUCCAAUGCGACGUAUCAGUUUACCUUGCCAGACUCGAAUGACGUUGGAGCGGAAGCUUGGUAGUAUGAUGCAGCUCAUUAAUCAA